AGGAGUCAUUCAUAAAGUACACAAGUCCAGCUCACAGCUGAGUGUGGACGAAAAGUGAGCGGGGGCACAGUGGAGAGAAUAACAGCAAGGAGAGAUGACUGGUCACAGACCGUGUUUUAGCCUUUAGCGUCUGCAGCCCGGGACGCGGAUGGUGACCCUGAACCUGAAAAUUCAGCCGCGCAAGGAGUGCUCAUGAGUUGGACUUGUUUUUAGCAGGCUAUUCCGUUGCAUCCCUAUCCGUUUCCUCCUCCUCACACUGACGUCCAUCCGCUGCAAUAGCAAAAAAAAAAAAAAAAGGAAAGAAAAACGAAACUUUGAUUAUACAUUUCCUGCACGGGGAAGCAUUUGCCUCUGGCUUUACCGGUAAGCAUUGGAUCCGUCAACUUACUGCGACUCUCCGGUGUACAGCCCGGACCUCUGCCCAAACAUGAUUGCGACGCAGGCAAAGCUGGUUUACCAGCUAAAUAAAUAUUACAACGAGAGAUGCCAAGCUCGCAAAGCAGCCAUUGCGAAGACCAUACGGGAGGUUUGUAAAGUGGUUUCAGAUGUCCUUAAAGAGGUGGAAGUGCAGGAGCCCCGGUUUAUCAGCUCCCUCAGUGAGAUAGAUGCGCGCUAUGAGGGGAUGGAGGUCAUCUCCCCCAAUGAAUUUGAGGUGGUGCUCUACCUCAAUCAAAUGGGGGUGUUCAACUUUGUUGACGACGGCUCGUUGCCCGGCUGCGCGGUGCUGAAGCUGAGUGAUGGCCGUAAAAGGAGCAUGUCACUGUGGGUCGAGUUCAUCACCGCCUCGGGCUACCUCUCAGCCAGAAAGAUCCGCUCCAGGUUUCAGACUCUUGUAGCGCAGGCCGUGGAUAAAUGCAGCUACCGCGACGUGGUUAAGAUGGUAGCGGACACCAGCGAGGUGAAACUACGGAUCAGGGAGAGGUACGUGGUGCAGAUCACCCCAGCGUUCAAGUGCACUGGUAUUUGGCCUAGAAGUGCAGCUCAGUGGCCCAUGCCCCACAUUCCAUGGCCCGGCCCUAACCGGGUAGCAGAAGUCAAAGCCGAGGGUUUUAACCUCCUCUCCAAAGAGUGCUACUCGCUGACGGGGAAGCAGAGCUCUGCAGAGAGCGACGCCUGGGUCUUGCAGUUCAGUGAGGCCGAGAACAGGCUGCUAAUGGCCGGCUGCAGAAAGAAGUGUCUGUCCAUCCUGAAGACUCUGAGGGACCGUCACCUGGAGCUACCGGGGCAGCCGCUCAACAACUACCACAUGAAGACCCUGCUGCUGUACGAGUGUGAGAAACACCCGAGAGAGACCGACUGGGACGAGUCUUGCCUCGGAGACCGACUGAAUGGCAUCCUGCUGCAGCUCAUAUCCUGUCUGCAGUGCCGCAGAUGUCCUCACUACUUCUUGCCAAACUUGGACUUGUUUCAGGGAAAGCCUCACUCAGCCCUGGAGGCUGCUGCUAAGCAGACAUGGAGACUAGCAAGAGAAAUCCUCACCAAUGCUAAAAGUUUGGACAAAUUAUGAAAUGAUGCUCGAGACAGAGCCGAGAGACAUUUUGGGAUAAAACUCCAGAGAAGGACAAAACUGAAUUCUCCAAGCAGAGAGCAAACCACAAAACCGUUUUUAAAUGGAGAGACUGGGCCACUGACAGAAAGGACGUUAAGGUACAUUUUCAGAUAAAUGUAACAACUUUUAGUUGUCUCCUUUAAAUGUUUUCACAAAGUGAAGAAACUUUUAUUUAAAGAUAUGCACAAAAUCGUUAAGUGAAAGAAUAAAAUGUAGCGUGCCAAGUUCAUUUUUUUCAUUAUGUGACUUAAAAAAAAAGAAAUGUUAAUAAAAUGUUGCAAAUUAAAUUACAACUUGGCCUCGUGUCUUGACGUGUCUUGACAGCUGAGGUGACAGGCGAAUCUGCUGCAUUUCACUUUAUUGUCAAAUGAUCCACACAAGAGGCCAACGCUAGACAUUUAAAGAAGGGAUGUGCUCGUUCAACUUUAGGCCCCAAGUUAUUUUAACUGUGCGUCUCAGACUCAAAGGA